AAGGGCUCCCCCUCCACUUCUGCUCUCUUUGUCCGUCUCUUCCAUUCUCUUCAAGUUUCUCUCAAAUACGUUCACUGUAAAUCACCGAUUUUGCAAAAUCCAACCGUCCGAUCUUCGAUCCGACCGCAUUUUCACCGUGAAAGUGGCCCUGAGAUAGAAGUAGGGCCAGAUUUCCAGGAUUUUACUCAACCUUUUUCCAGGCUCAGGCUUGAGUUACUCCUUUCCAGACUUUAGUUCUUGUUGAGAUUCUGUAGCAGAAGCAACGUUUCUUGGAUUGUUGCAAUGAGGAAUAGCGAGCGUUUUGCUAAUAUUGCCCUAGCAGGUUUGACUUUGGCACCGCUGGUUAUAAAGGUAGAUCCAAACUUAAAUGUAAUUUUGACCGCAUGCUUAACGGUUUACGUGGGUUGCUACCGCUCAGUAAAGCCAACUCCUCCUUCAGAAACAAUGUCUAAUGAACAUGCUAUGCGUUUCCCUUUAGUUGGGAGUGCGAUGCUUCUGUCGCUAUUCUUACUGUUUAAGUUUCUGUCCAAGGAUUUGGUUAAUGCCGUUUUGACAUGCUACUUCUUUGUACUCGGCAUUGUUGCUCUAUCGGCAACACUGCUACCUGCAAUCAGACGUUUCUUGCCAAAGCAUUGGAAUGAAGACAGCAUUGUUUGGCGUUUCCCCUAUCUCCGUUCAUACUCCAUUCAUUCUUCUGCCUCCGGUCUACCUCUCGAUCCUGUGAUGAUGGGUGCUGCCGUGGAACGUGGAGGGAAGUCCAUCGGCAGACUUGCAUUAGGUUGCCGGGAAAACAUAGUGAGUGUAGCACUCAGGUGCUGGCUCAAACCUGAGAAUUCUUCUCUAAGGAUUCCCACUUCUAUCGUCUCUAGCCUCUCAUGUACUUGCUCGUGGUUCUGUUGGAGGCCUAGCUGCAAAGCAUCCAGCUUCAACUCCAGUUGUUUUAUUCUGGUGCCUUCUGCUAUCCUCCUCGCUGAUACCCACAACUGUUUCCUACCUUGUUCGUUGGAACCACCCGGCCAAGCUUUGGAGGUUGAGUUCACAAGGUCUCAGAUUGUUGCAGCAAUCCCUGGAACUUUUUUCUGUGCCUGGUAUGCUUCACGGAAGCAUUGGCUGGCUAACAAUAUACUGGGCCUCUCAUUCUGCAUUCAGGGAAUUGAAAUGCUAUCACUUGGAUCCUUCAAGACUGGUGCCAUCCUUCUGGCUGGACUUUUUGUAUAUGAUAUUUUCUGGGUUUUCUUUACCCCAGUGAUGGUUAGUGUUGCCAAGUCUUUUGAUGCUCCUAUAAAGCUUUUAUUCCCAACAGCAGAUGCUGCACGCCCAUAUUCGAUGCUUGGACUUGGGGACAUAGUUAUCCCAGGCAUUUUUGUAGCAUUGGCUUUGCGUUUCGAUGUCUCCAGGGGAAAAGCAAGCCAGUAUUUCAAGAGUGCUUUUCUUGGAUACACAGUUGGUUUGGUUCUUACCAUUAUAGUCAUGAAUUGGUUCCAAGCUGCACAGCCUGCAUUACUAUAUAUAGUACCGGCUGUUAUUGGAUUUUUGGCAGCUCAUUGCAUGUGGAAUGGUGAUGUCAAACAGUUGUUGGAGUUUGACGAAUCGAGGACUAGUGGUGGUUCAUCACAAGAAGAAGAUGAUGCCAAGUUGAGCAAGAAAACGGAGUAAGACAAAGAAUUAAAACAUUACUAGUGGUCCAAAAAGCUAGAACAACUACUUUGAUCAUAUUUUGGUGUGCAACUACUGCACCGCCAUUUCUGUCGUAGCUGAGUUUUUGAAUUGAGAGUUGAUUAAAUAUUAUUAGCGUUUAAUAACAAGGUUACAAAUUUAGAUU